AUGGACGACGCCUACCAAGUACCCACCUCUGUCCCUGCGACAAACCCUACACAAGCCCCCAACCCAUAUGGCGCAUCGGGAGUCUUGGGCGAUGGACCUGCGAUUAAAUAUUUGUGCGGCGAUUGCAAUGCGAGUGUUAUGUUGAAGAGAGGUGAUCCGAUUAGAUGCAAGGAAUGCGGUCAUCGAGUCUUGUACAAGGAGAGGACUUCGAGGUAUGUGGAUUGCUAUGUAGACGGUGGUGUGGGUUAG